UAUAUCUAGCACCAUUUAGGGGGCAUGUGAUCUCGGACGCUGAGGUAUAAAAGCGUUCACUUUGAGGUAGCCAUUGUGAUCAUGCUUCUCAAAGUUCUUCUGAUUGUUGUCGUGGCCGUCCACGAAUCUUCCUCUUUCACCUCAUCUAGUAGUAUGCAGGAGGUGUUCGUCGCAUGGAGGGAACGCACCAAAGACGAUAGUCCGCGAUGCCAGAGUUCGUCUGGCGCCACCGCCCAAGAGGUGGACGGUUUUUGGCAGAGGUACGAGUUUCCCAAAACCAAAUCGUUUCAAUGCUACCUCACAUGCUUGAUGAAGGCGUUCGACUUCUUGAGCGUCGGUGGCAACCUCGAAGGGGAGAAACUCGUUGAGGGUGUCGAAAAGAUAACCAACAGUGCGAGCGAUUAUUGCAUGGAGAAGACUAGGGGCAUUACCGACGAGUGCCAAAAGGUGUCUGAGUACGCCUUUUGCGUAGUACACUCUACUACCGCGUUCCACAACUAAAGUGGACUUGAAUUGUUAGAUCCGUACCUGAUAUGAACCGAUAUGGAUCCUUUAUCCAAUUGUUAGCACCUAAGUAGAUAAUGCUCGGUUUUCGCCAACUAUGCUGUUUGUAUGUAGUUGUAGUAUGUGAAAUUGUUUGAAGAAAAUACAUUCUUA